AUGGUUCCGAUGUCGCUAAUCCGAAGCCAGCUACAGUACCUGCAGUCUAGUUGGCCGCUGCAAGGAACAGCGAGACCAACGUCGUAUCAAGUAAUCGUGGACGAAAAUGAGAUGAGUUCGGAUGAGCUUCAGUCGCUCAUGCUUGUCUUGACUUUCCAUCAUCAAAUCUCCAAUGCUCCCGUUUCUCUCCCUGAACCUGUUUAUCAAGCCGAUGAGUGGGCAAUACGUGGAAAAGAUAUCUGGAAAGCUUAUACUGAUCGCCACAAUCCUGUACUCAAGAGUGAACGCGGCGCAUUCUCUGAUUACCCCAUCGAUUUUGAGGCAAUGACGACAAGAUUGGCCUUCUGGAAUACAAAGUUGGAGGGUCGCCUGUCAACGCGUAGUUAG